AUGAAGUUCACUGGAAUCGCCGCUAUGCUCGCCGUUGUCACCGCUGUGACCGGCGCUGCCAUCCCCAACGUCAACGGUGCUCUCGCCGAGGUUCACCAGGUCACUGGUGAUGUCAAGGGUCUCCUCUCCAACGUUCUUGGCACCAAGGACGAGGCUCAAGUCAACAAGCUCGUCUCUCAGCUCGAGAAUGUUCAGAAGGCCCUCGAGGGCCUCACCGGCAGUGAGCAGAAGCGUGACCUCCUCAACGUUGGUGUCGGCGCCGACGUCGACGUCCUCAAGCGUGACGACGUCCUUGGCGACCUCACCAAGACCCUUGGCCUCAAGCGUGACGAGGGCCUCCUUGGCGACCUCCCCCUUGUUGGUGACCUCAAGCGUGACGAGGGCCUCCUUGGCGACCUCCCCCUUGUUGGUGACCUCAAGCGUGACGACGCCAUCUCCAGCCUCGCCGAGCAGAUCACUCCCCAGGUCACCCAGGUCGUUCAGGGUCUCAACGUCCAGCAGAUCACUGGUCUCCUGAACAUCCUCAACGUCAACGGCCUCCUCACCAACGUCGAGUCCGUCCUCAGCAACCUCCUCGGCGGUGGUCUCCUCAAGGGCCUCACUGGUAAUCUCCUCGGUGGUAUCCUCAAGCGUGACGACGCCAUCUCCAGCCUCGCCAGCCAGCUCCUUCCUAAGCUCACCCAGGGUGGUAUCCUCCCCCAGGACCUUAGCGUUGAGCAGCUCACUGGUCUCCUCAACAUUCUCAACGUCAACAACCUCCUGACUGGCGUCGAGAGCCUCGUCCAGAACCUGCUCGGUGGUGGUCUCCUCAAGGGUCUCACCGGUGACCUUCUGUAA